GGCAAGCGUCAGAAACCAGGGGUCUCGCCGUUAGAGGAAGAAACCCCCAUAAGGAACGAUGUCUGCCAGAUUCAAGAAGGACAAGGAGAUCAUCGCUGAGUACGAGACCCAAGUCAAAGAGAUCCGUAACCAGCUGGUGGAGCAGUUCAAAUGUUUGGAGCAGCAGUCCGAGUCUCGCAUCCAGCUGCUGCAGGAUCUGCAGGAGUUCUUCCGCCGGAAGGCUGAGAUUCAGCUGGAGUACUCCCGCAGCUUGGAGAAACUGGCCGAGCGGUUCUCCUCCAAGAUCCGCAGUUCCAGAGAGCACCACCAGUUCAAGAAAGACCAGCACCUGUUGUCCUCAGUGAACUGCUGGUACCUGGUGCUGAACCAGACGAGGCGGGAGAGCCGGGACCACGCCACCCUCAACGACAUCUACACCAACAACGUCAUCGUCCGCCUGGCACAGAUCAGCGAGGACGUCGUCCGCCUCUUCAAGAAGAGCAAGGAGAUUGGGAUCCAGAUGCACGAGGAGCUGGUGAAGGUGACGAAUGAGCUUUACACUGUGAUGAAGACGUACCACAUGUACCACACUGAGAGUAUCAGUGCAGAGAGCAAGCUGAAGGAUGCCGAAAAGCAGGAAGAGAAACAGUUCAGUAAGUCCGGAGACCUCAACGUCAACCUCCUGCGCCACGAGGACCGGCCCCAGAGACGCAGCUCUGUCAGAAAAAUUGAGAAGAUGAAGGAAAAGAGGCAAGCCAAGUACUCGGAGAACAAGCUGAAGUGCACCAAAGCCCGGAACGACUAUCUGUUGAACCUGGCAGCGACGAACGCCGUCGUGGCGAAAUACUACAUCCACGACGUCUCCGAUAUGAUCGACUGCUGUGAUCUUGGAUACCACGCUAGCCUGGCACGUACCUUAAGGACCUACUUGUCUGCAGAGUACAACUUGGAAACAUCACGCCACGAAGGCCUGGACAUCAUAGAGAACGCAGUGGACAAUCUGGACUCUCGGAGUGACAAGCACAAGAUCAUGGAUAUGCAUAACCAGGUGUUCUGCCCUCCCAUGCGCUUUGAGUAUCUGCCCCACAUGGGCGAUGAGGUUUGCCAAGUGAGCGCCCAGCAGCCUGUCCAGACCGAGCUCUUGAUGCGCUACCACCAACUGCAGUCUCGCCUGGCUACACUCAAGAUUGAGAAUGAGGAGGUGAGGAAGACCCUGGACGCCACCAUGCAGACCCUGCAGGACAUGCUCACAGUAGAGGACUUUGAUGUGUCGGACGCCUUUCAACACAGCCGCUCCACCGAGUCCAUCAAGUCCGUGGUGUCGGAGUCCUACAUGAGCAAGCUGAAUGUGGCCAAGAGGAGGGCUAACCAGCAGGAGACCGAAGUCUUCUACUUCACUAAAUUCAAAGAGUACCUGAAUGGCAGCAACCUCAUCAUCAAAUUGCAGGCCAAACAUGAUUUGCUGAAGCAGACGUUGGGUGAAGGAGAGAGGGCUGAAUGUGGAACCACAAGGCCCCCCACUCUCCCCCCUAAACCACAGAAAAUGCGGAAGCCUCGGCCGCGCUCCAUGUAUAACCAUAAGCUGUUUAACGGCAAUAUGGAGAGCUUCAUCAAGGACUCGGGUCAACCAAUUCCGCUGGUUGUGGAGAGCUGCAUCCGAUACAUCAAUCUCUACGGUCUGCAACAGCAAGGAAUAUUCCGGGUGCCUGGAUCUCAGGUGGAGGUCAACGACAUUAAAAACUCGUUUGAGAGAGGUGAAGAUCCCUUGAUCGAUGACCAGAAUGAACAUGACAUCAACUCUGUGGCCGGGGUCCUGAAGCUUUACUUCAGGGGUCUGGAGAACCCGCUCUUCCCCAAGGAACGCUUUCUGGACCUCAUCUCCACCAUCAAGCUGGACUCGGGAGCCGAGCGAGCACAUCAUGUCCAGCAGAUUAUCGUGACCCUUCCACGCACCGUCAUCGUUGUCAUGAGAUACCUUUUCGCUUUCCUCAACCACCUGUCCCAGUACAGCGACGAGAACAUGAUGGACCCCUUCAACCUCGCGAUCUGUUUCGGCCCAACCCUGAUGCCGAUCCCAGACGGCCAGGACCCUGUGGCCUGCCAGGCUCACGUUAAUGAAGUCAUCAAGACCAUCAUCAUCCACAAUGAGGUCAUCUUUCCCAGUCACCGGGAACUGGAUGGCCCAGUGUACGAAAAGUGCAUGGCCGGAGGAGAGGAGUACUGCGACAGCCCCCACAGUGAACCUGGAACCAUUGACGAGGCCGACAAUGGAACCGAACCACAUACCAGUGAUGAAGAGGUCGAGCAGAUUGAGGCCAUAGCGAAGUUCGACUACGUCGGCCGCAGCCCCAGAGAGGUCUCCUUUAAGAAGGGGGCGUCUCUGCUUCUGUACCACCGGGCGUCGGAGGACUGGUGGGAGGGCCGCCAUAACGGCGUGGACGGUCUGAUCCCGCAUCAGUACAUUGUGGUACAAGACCUGGAUGAUGCUUUCUCAGACAACCUCAGCCAGAAAGCGGACAGUGAAGCGAGCAGCGGGCCGCUGUUGGAUGACAAGGGUUCAUCCAAGAAUGAAGUCCCGUCGCCAUGCGAGCCUUCGCCAGACUACACCUUCGGAGGAGUCAUGGGGAGGGUGCGGUUACGAUCUGAUGGAGCUGCAAUUCCACGACGUCGGAGCGGCCCGGAUACACACAGCCCAUCUCGGGUAGCGGACACCCCGCCGCGGGCUGCAGCGUGCCCCAGCAGCCCUCACAAAGUGUCCAUCAGCAAGGGCCGUAUGGAGAGCCCGGAGAAGAGGCGUUUAGGUACCUUCGGCAGUGCAGGCAGCAUCAAUUACCCAGACAGGAAGGCGUAUCCAGAGGGCCACCCACUGAGGCCUGUGCCAGGGGCCACCCGUCAUAGUAGCCUGGGGGACCACAAGUCACUGGAGGCCGAGGCGCUGGCCGAGGACAUUGAGAAGACCAUGACCACAGCCCUUCAUGAGCUACGCGAACUGGAGCGUCAGAACACCGCCAAGCAGGCGCCAGAUGUCGUGCUGGACACCCUGGAGCCCAUGAAGAACCCGGUCAGCUCCGAGCCUGCCAGCCCGCUGCACACCAUCAUGAUCCGCGACCCGGAUGCAGCGAUGCGCCGCAGCAGCAGCUCCACCUCCGAGAUGAUGACGACCUUCAAGCCUGCCCUCUCCGCCCGCUUGGCCGGGGCUCAGCUACGCCCCCCUCCUAUGAGGCCGGUGCGCCCGCCGCCCACCCAGCACCGCUCCAGCAGCUCCAGCUCCUCAGGGGUCGGCAGUCCUGCCAUUACCCCCACCGAGAAGAUAUUCCCAAAUAAUAACGCAGCUGCCGGUCCCAAUACCAGUCCAGCGAACGAGGCGGGGGAUAAAUCCGGCACCAUGUAGCAGAAGUAGAACCUGGUACGAUGAAGAGGUUUUCGCAUUUGCCCAAGUGAGCGUCAGAGCAGGUGUGGAUGUUUUACUCUUUAUUUUGUGCGCGACUUAAACCCAUAAAUUCAGGAAGCUCCUCUCGCAUGCCUGCGUUACCGUUGUUUCAAGGCAGCCGGAGAACCCGUAGCGGUUUGGGAGCCCAGCUCUCGGCCCGUCGUGAAACUUGACUGUACCAGAGAUGUUCUGGUGAAAGAGGAGCAGUAAGCUGGAAGAAAAUCGGUUCUGUUUUACCUCAGAAGUAAAUUAAAUAAUUUGUGGCCGUGUUCCUCCCCUCGAGAGACUCCAUGAACACAAGUCAAGCAAUACUUAGUGAAGUUUGAGGAUGGGUUUUCCCCCUGCACUGGUUGUUCCGGGCGUCGUUUCAGCCGCUCCUUCUGGUGUGCGUGAAACCCCGCCCGUGGACCGGCUCAGACGUUUGGUUUACAAGAAGGAGAGUGCGGGCCGCAGGCCUCUCGUGGCUGUAC